GCUGGGCCGGAUGACGUGGCCUGGCAACGUCCGCUCCGGUGCGCCUCCGCGAAGUGAGGUGUCGCCGGUACUGCUCGCGGCCUAGUCCCAACGCGCCUGUGCUCGUUAGCGGGAGCCGGGCACGGCGGCGGCGGCGGCCGGGCCUGCGGGGGCCCGACGGGGCCGCUGCCAUGGGGGAGUGACGCGCCUGCGCCCGCUGUUCCGCGGCAGCGGCGAGACAUGAGGAGACCCCGCGGCGGGGGCAGCGGCGGCGGCUCCUGAGCCCCGGGAUGGAGGAAAAGUACGGUGGGGACGUGCUAGCCGGCCCCGGCGGCCUCGGGCCGGUGGACGUGCCCAGCGCUCGAUUAAUGAAAUAUGUUGUGUUACUAUGUUUCAGUAAAUUUUUGAAGGCUGUGGGACUUUUUGAAUCAUAUGAUCUCCUAAAAGUAGUUCACAUUGUUCAAUUCAUUUUUAUAUUAAAACUUGGGACUGCAUUUUUUAUGGUUUUGUUUCAAAAGCCAUUUUCUUCUGGGAAAAGUAUUACCAAACACCAGUGGGUCAAAAUAUUUAAACAUGCAGUUGCUGGAUGUAUCAUUUCACUGUUGUGGUUUUUUGGCCUCACUCUUUGUGGACCACUAAGGACUUUGCUGCUAUUUGAACACAGUGAUAUUGUUGUCAUCUCACUGCUCAGUGUUUUGUUCACUAGUUCUGGAGGAGGACCAGCAAAGACAAGGGGGGCUGCUUUUUUCAUUAUUGCUGUGAUCUGCCUGUUGCUUUUCGACAAUGAUGAUCUCAUGGCUAAAAUGGCUGAACACCCUGAAGGACAUCAUGACAGCGCCCUAACUCACAUGCUUUACACAGCCAUUGCCUUCUUAGGUGUGGCCGAUCACAAGGGUGGAGUAUUGUUGCUAGUACUGGCUUUGUGUUGUAAAGUUGGUUUUCAUACAGCUUCCAGAAAACUCGCUGUAGAUGUUGGUGGAGCCAAACGUCUUCAUGCUUUAUCCCAUGUUGUUUCUGUACUUCUCUUAUGCCCAUGGGUCAUUGUUCUUUCUGUGACAACUGAGAGUAAAGUUGAGUCUUGGUUUUCUCUCAUUAUGCCUUUCACAACGGUUAUCUUUUUUGUCAUGAUCCUGGAUUUCUAUGUCGAUUCCAUUUGUUCAAUCAAAAUGGAAGUUUCCAAAUGUGCCCGCUAUGGAUCUUUUCCCAUUUUUAUUAGUGCUCUACUUUUUGGAAAUUUUUGGACGCAUCCAAUAACAGACCAGCUUCGGGCUAUGAAUAAAGCAACACAUCAGGAGAGCACUGAACACGUCUUGUCUGGAGGAGUGGUAGUGAGCGCUAUAUUCUUCAUUUUGUCUGCCAACAUCUUAUCAUCUCCUUCUAAGAGAGGACAGAAAGGUACCCUAAUUGGAUAUUCUCCUGAAGGAACACCUCUUUAUAAUUUUAUGGGUGAUGCUUUUCAGCAUAGCUCCCAAUCGAUCCCCAGGUUUAUUAAGGAAUCACUGAAACAAAUUCUUGAGGAGAAUGACUCUAGGCAGAUCUUUUACUUCUUAUGCUUGAAUCUGCUUUUUACCUUUGUGGAAUUAUUCUAUGGCGUGUUGACCAAUAGUCUGGGUCUGAUCUCAGAUGGAUUUCACAUGCUCUUCGACUGCUCUGCUUUGGUCAUGGGACUUUUUGCGGCCCUGAUGAGUAGGUGGAAAGCAACGCGGAUUUUCUCUUAUGGGUAUGGCCGAAUAGAAAUUCUCUCUGGAUUUAUUAAUGGACUUUUUCUAAUGGUAAUAGCUUUUUUUGUGUUUAUGGAGUCAGUAGCUAGAUUAAUUGAUCCUCCGGAAUUAGACACUCACAUGUUAACACCAGUUUCAGUUGGAGGGCUGAUAGUAAACCUUAUUGGUAUCUGUGCCUUUAGCCAUGCCCAUAACCAUACCCAUGGAGCUUCUCAAGGAAGCUGUCACUCAUCUGAUCAUAGCCAUUCACACCAUAUGCAUGGACACAGUGACCAUGGGCAUGGUCACAGCCACGGAUCUGCUGGCAGAGGCAUGAAUGCUAACAUGAGGGGUGUAUUUCUACAUGUUUUGGCAGACACACUUGGCAGUAUUGGUGUGAUUGUAUCCACAAUUCUUAUAGAGCAGUUUGGAUGGUUCAUUGCUGAUCCCCUCUGUUCUCUUUUUAUUGCUGUAUUAAUAUUUCUCAGUGUUGUUCCACUGAUUAAAGAUGCCUGUCAGGUUCUACUUCUGAGACUGCCACCAGAAUAUGAAAAAGAACUACAUAUUGCUUUAGAAAAGAUACAGAAAAUUGAAGGAUUAAUAUCAUACCGAGACCCUCAUUUUUGGCGUCAUUCUGCCAGUGUUGUGGCAGGAACAAUUCACAUACAGGUGACAUCCGAUGUGCUGGAACAACGAAUAGUACAGCAGGUUACAGGAAUACUUAAAGAUGCUGGAGUAAACAAUUUAACAAUUCAAGUGGAAAAAGAGGCAUACUUUCAACAUAUGUCUGGCCUAAGUACUGGAUUCCAUGAUGUUCUGGCUAUGACAAAACAAAUGGAGUCCAUGAAAUACUACAGAGAUGGUACUUAUAUCAUGUGAGAUGACUCGAGAAUUACCCCUGGAGUAUGAAACAAUGAAGAUUAAAUGACUCAGUAUUUAUAAUAUUGCCAGAAAGAAAAAAAUUGCACAUAAUUGUACAGAAACAUUUUGCCAUGUUUGAAAAAAAAUUUUAAACCUUCUUACUAUUGGAUCAAGGAAUCUUUGUUAAAGGAAAUUUAAAUACAGAAUGAAGCAUUAAUUGUACAAGUAAAGUAAUUAUUUGAAUUAUAACAGGAAUCUUAAAAUUUGAGUGAAUAUGAUGUAUCAUAUCAUCUUCAAAAAUGAACAUAUAAUGAUGGAUUCUAGUCAAGAUCAAAAUUACUUCUGUGUGUUUACUUUCUGUCAGAAAGGAUCUCCGUUGUAAAUAAUGUAUUUACAUGUUUAUUACAAAGACCCAAUUGAAAAAUUUUUAGUCAAUUUUUUGCAUAGCCCUAGGAUAAAAUAGGAAUAAAAAUUCUAUAUUUAUGGAUUUUAUGUAUAUAAAACUGGUUUCUAAUUAUAACUUAAAUCCAUUAAGUAAAAGCUGUAUUGCCACUUUAAAUGUAAACUAAAUUAUUUGGGAGAAACUUCAACCACUGAGAUGAGACAAGCAGUGAGAAUAGGGAAGUAUAACAUUACAGUUUUUGAUGUAUUACAAAAACCAACCACUGUGUAAAAUAAAUUUUUUUACUUUUGGUAAUAUUUGCAAAUGAAUAAUUACUUUAUUAGGGUAAAGAACUUAUA